AUGUUUACCAACACCUCCAUCAACAACUCUUCUACCUUCUCUUCUGCCUCUGCCACUUCUGUCUCACCCUCUGACUCUGCCGAAUCCGCCCUCUUCCACACCCUCUUCUCAAUGUCUGCCCCCAUCAACACCAUCAGUCAGGACUUCUGUCUCUACGACGCCGCCGACGAGUCCUCCUUCGACUACCCGCUCUUCAACCCUGCCGUUGCCGUGAACAAAAAGGCUACUCCUGCUGGAAACAACGCUGCCGCUGCUGCCUUCUUGACUACCAAUCCCCUUUGCACCCCGCAGACUCCCUCCAUCGACCUCGUAUCCGCCCCCGCUGCCCGCGGCGCUGCGCUCGGCUUCGAUGCCCUCUUUGAUGACUCGACUCUGACCCCUCAGUUGUCGCUCCUCAACACCCCCUUCUCCCCUUACCUCGACACUCCAGCCCUCGUCGACGCUGUCGCCCUCGAGACCCCUUACCUUGACUUUGGUCUCGAGUCUGCCCACUCCAAGUUUGCCGUUGCCUCCCACACCGCCGGCUUCUCCUCGCUCUUCCCCGACUUUGCCUUCGACACCUCUUUCGACCAAGUCUACUCGAUUGCCCCCAACAUGCUCUUGCCCUUUGACCAGCAGUUCACUCUGCCCUCGCCUGGUAUCUCUGACCUCCUUUCGGCCCCCCCCUCGCCCGUCAAGGCCGUCGCUACUCACUUUGACCACGACAGCAUGGCCACCGAUGACGACGAGGAGGAUGACCAAUUUGUUCACUCUCGCUCAGCUGCCUUGGUCUCUGGUUUAAAACGCAAAGCCUCCACUGCCGCCUUAUCACCCGUCAAGAAGACCAUCGGGCUCACCGCUAUCACAGCUGCCACCAAGGCUACUGCCACCAAGCGCUUCUCCUGCAACCAUUCCGGAUGUGACCGUCGCUUUGCCCGUCUCUUCAACCUGCACACUCACGAGAAGACCCACGACCCUGAGCAAGCCCGCCCCUUUAUCUGCUCUGACGCCGAAUGCGGCAAGGCCUUCUCUCGCAAGCAUGACCUCCAGCGCCACGAGGCUUCCGUCCACAAGGGCGAGCGUAACUUUGCCUGCACAAAGUGCCUUAAGCCCUUCUCCCGACAAGACGGUCUCCGUCGCCACCUCGCUGUCAAGGGCUCCUGCUCCGACAACGACGGAUUGGCCACCUGA